AUGUAUGCGCCAUCGAAUGAACACCCUGGUGGCAGACGACACUGGGCAGUAUCGCUUCGAUCAUCCUGCGACGUUUGCCAGCAGGUCAACAUUGUCGAACAGCCCAAUAGCCUAGCGUCUUCGUUCAGUAUCGAGGAUGGUCAAGGUGAGAAUCCUGGCAUUAGCUCACUGAUGGAGCGCACAAUACCGGCUGGGGAGUUCCUAGACUCGGAUUACUGGGAAAUACUCAGAAUAACUGAAGGAUACCCAUCCUAUUCAGUGAGGGGCUGCCAGUAUUGGGAAGUGGACUUUCUCAUGUAUCCGAACGAGAACUACAAUAGAAUCAUUGAAAAUGCCGCCUCUCACCCCACUGAUGCAGCUGAUCGCCAAAUAUGGGUCACCCACUGA